GGAGAAAAGCCCCAUCAUUGUUCUCAGUGUGGAAAGACUUUUAGGCGCAUGUCUCAUCUCAAGACACAUCAGAGGAUCCAUACUGGAGAAAAGCCCCAUCAAUGUUCUCAGUGUGGAAAGGCCUUUAGUCAGAUGGGUGAUCUCAAGAAACACCAGAGGAUCCAUACUGGGGAAAAGCCAUAUCAGUGUUCUCAGUGUGGAAAGGCCUUUAGUGCACCGUCCGCUCUUGCAAUUCAUCAACGAACACACACAGGAGAAAAGCCCCAUCAGUGUUCUCAGUGUGGAAAGGCUUUUAGUCAAAUGGGUCAUCUCAAGACACACCAGAGGGUCCAUAGUGGAGAAAAGCCCCAUCAAUGUUCUCUGUGUGGAAUGGCUUUUAGGUCAAUGUCAACUCUCAAGACACACCAGAGGGUCCGUAGUGGAGGAAAGCCAUAUCAUUGUUCUCAGUGUGGAAAGGCCUUUAGUCACAUGUGUAGUCUCAAGACACACCAGAGAAUCCACACUGGGGAAAAGCUACAUCAGUGUUCUCAGUGUUUAAAGUGCUUUACUACCAAAGGCAAUCUCAAGACACAUCAGAAAGUACAUACUAGAGUAGCUCACAUCUAACCACCCAUCAGAUCACGGAUGAAGGGGGAAAGCCUCUGAUAGAGAUAAUUUCCAAACAUUGUUAAUUACUUAAGAAUAUAUGACUCAAGUGCCUUGUAUUAAUAUAUUCCUUAUAUGAAUCAUGUACUUAUGUAAGCAGGAACAUGGCUUUUCUGUGUUUCUGCGUGUGUGUUACGUGGGGAGCCGUAUUGUGCGUUUGUUCUCCCUACCGCUCUCUCUGUCCCCCUCUACAGGUGACCUGGCGUCUAAUUGGGCUGUGUUUGUGGGUUGUCCUUCGCCUAUAAAAGUCGCCCAGUUCAUUCCAUCGCUCUCUCUGGCUCGCUGGCUCUCACCCUGUCGUUCCAGCCACACCCCUUCUCCACUUCUGUUCGAAGUCGAAACUGCGUUGGGCCUGCUGCUCGGCGCUCUGCUAGCGCCUGCGUUAUCUUUGUUUGUCAUCCUUGUUUGUUGUCAGCGUUCGUUUUGAACGCAAUCUACCCGGUUGGGGUUAGUGCUUUAUGUCUAUUGUAGAACUGGUGGUGUAUGGUGGUGGGUUUGGCACGCUUUAAGUUUAGUUUAAGUUCAGAGUAGGAAGAUUCUCGGAAGACUCACCACACUCCUUUGUCCUUUUUGUUUGAACGGGAGUUUAGUUUCCCCUUUUUGAUUUCUAAGCAGACUGUGUGAGGGUUUGUUUUCUGUUUUGUUAUUCCUUAUUUUCACCGCCACCAUGUUUUUCCUUUAAUUCUUAAGUUGAUAAAUAUAUCAAAUUUCACCGUCACCAUUUCUCUUGGCUCGUUUAUGUUAUGUUUGCCAUUUCUUUAAGUUGAUGGUAUAGUAACAGUGUGUGUAACUUAGAAUAUUAGGUGCUACUUAGUCUGCAUAUGUACAAGAGCA